UUACAUACUCUUUGUUUAAAAUUUUAGCAACGUGGUCAGCCAUAUUGUUUUUCUCAAAUUUUUAACAAAUUUACGGAAAGUUAUAGUGAUUUUCGCUUGUGAUUUUACAUUCUUGUACUUUCAAAACUUUCUUUGAAAUGGAUUCUCUUGUCGGUUAUGGGAGCGAUGAUGAUAAUGAAACUGAACGAGUUAGCAGCCAUAGUUCGACUGAUAUUCUAGGUGGGUCAAGGUCCGAGCCAGCCAGCCCGCAGACGGGAUGACGACACCAACUACGACGAUGUGAACAUGGAACUUAGUGAGUCAAAUACCCCCCGGUGCGUGAAGAUGGGCCGCCAACAAUGAACGACAUACGCGAAUCUCAGGGCGAGUCGGAGGCAGAGGGGCAGUCAGAGUCCAGCUCACACCGCUGCCCAGACCGGCCGGAAAGACUCAAGAGAUCCAGUUAUCAUGGCCAACAGGAUAAUGAUCGGCCUAACUCAGAUGAUAGCCGAGAACGUGAUCGUCGUGAUCGCGACCGGGAUCGUGAUCAGGACCGCAAAGAGCGGAGACGCGAGUCCCCAACGCGGUCGAAGACUGAAAAAGAUCGGGGAGACCGCGACAAAGACCGCCGCUCACCGCGCAAAGAUGAUAGAUACAAGUCUGACAGGAGUGACCGUGGCCGUGGAUCUCAGGAGGGUUGUUCUCGACGCGGCCUGCUUGGGGAUAGACCUGAGGAUCGGAGUGGAGAUAGUAGGGUGCCUGCAUUAAUGGAUCUGAAACCAUUUGGAGGUGAACCUCCCCCAGGACUGAGUUAUAGCAAGUCGCAGGACGCUAGAGAUGCAGUCUCGCCAAGAUUCGUGGACAGAGAACGACGUGAGAGAGAAAGGGAGCGCGGCAGAGACAAGGAGAGACAUAACAGACGUUCCGAGGAAAGCAGAUCUGGACACAGGAGCAGGGAGCGAAGGUCAAGGUCGCGGGGUGCGGCGUACCCACCACCAACACACGCAUCUAGUUCAAAUGAAAGACGUUCGUCACCACCAUCGGGUGACUACCGGCCGUCUUCAUACAAAGUGAAUAAGAAAUUGAAGGUUAUGGAGAAAAUGGGUCUGCAGAUAAAGACACCGGAUGGUUCGAUGACGACAGCUCAGCAGCUGCGUGCAGCGUCACAGGACUCUGCCGCGCCCACGGGACUGCCUGCAUACUUCAAUGCCAGUGCCCUUAAUAGCAACAAGAUGAAGGAUCAGAAACGCAAAUUACUGUGGUCCAACAAGUCGAAGUCUGAGGCGGAGGAAGCGGCCAAGUGGAGUGGCACCCGCUUUGCCCAGGACUCGGAUGGCAAGCAAGUCUCUAAGUUUAUGAGGCUUAUGGGCAUCAAAGAACCAGCUGCGGUUAAACCAGAGGUGGACGCAACUGCUGACCCAAACAAGAAACAAGAGGAAUUGUUCGAAGCGAUGCAGGCGCAGUACGAAGUGGCCAGAGCGACUACUCACACCAUGCGGGGCGUGGGACUCGGAUUUCAACGGGGACAGUUCUAGAAUGUUCUUAUCAAUACUUUAUAUUUUAAUGAAAAUAAAUUGCUGCAAAAGUCAGCUGUCACUUUGACAGGUACGUUUUGUUGCCAUUUAAAAAGGCAAAGGCUUCCAGCUUGCAGCCACCGUCAAUUCAUAAUUCUAAAUUACAAAUUUACUAAAUGUAAAAUGUGUUGUGGAUUUAUAUUAAUGUUUUGUACGAAAAGAUAAAUAAUUUUGGCGUAUGAUUAAAUGCUUUAAAAUAGAUUAGUUACAAUUCAUGUUGAAUUAUUGCGGAAAUUUGGCAAGACUUCAUAUGUGACGUCAUUUAUAUUUUAAGUCGCGGGCAGAAAAUAGUUUGUUGCGUAGAGUUUUUAAUGUAAGAUUUAGAAGUAUUGUAUAACAAUCAUUGAAUUUUCAUGUAAAUUAAUAUUUUGUGUUACUAAAAAGUAUGUAGUUUUUUUACCUAGAACACCAAUAACUUUACAUGUUUUAGUAAAUUAAUUGUUAAUGUGUGAUAUCUUUGUAUAUUUUAAGAAAAAAAAAGUUAAACGAUGUAUCUAUACAAAGCCAGAUUAUAACAUAGUGUUUGUUUUAAUAUAAGCGUAAUGGAUUAGAUAAGUGCUAUGCAGUAAUCUGCAUGUGCAGUUCCUCUCUGUGUUCCCUCCGCUCGUUUGCCCCCUUGCUUUUAUAAAAAAAUAAUGUAAGAGACUAAAUUUAGUGUUGCCCUCAAAUUAUUUGAGCAUCGAACCUACUGAUUAAUAUUCUUUUUCUCUAUUAAAACUUAAAUUUUCUCAAUUAAAACUUACAGACUGUAUGAAUUUAGUUACUUUUAGUUGUUAUAGGUUAUGUUUAAGAAGUGUAUUUUAUCGUCUGAUAAAUGUAAAUAUUGUGAUUGCAUUUAGUUAAUAAUUUAAUACUGAUAUAGAUUUUUGUGUGAUAUACUUUAGUGAAACAUAUCUCAUUGUAUAUUUGAUUUAUCUUUUGCGCACUUCUCUUCACUUAUUUUAUUGAAUAAAUAUUAUAAAGUUA